GUCAUGGAGGGAGGAUUAAGCAAGUAGAUAGCGGGGAAGGGGGUGUCAGGUAAACAUCCUUGUUAAAACAAAAGACCCUGUGAAAUACCCCACCACAAGACAUCCUGUUUCGUGCUUCACUCCCCCCACCUGAACACGAGCACAACGCAUGAUCGCCAGAGGAAGUAACGACCCCCUCCUCAGCAAUGGACUGCGCAGCCUCAGACGACUCGACAAGUCCCAACAAGCCGGAACUUGAAUGCUAUAAAACAGAGACUCUGGAAAGGGAAGUUGCAUGCUGUGGUGGAGCGGAGACUCCCCAGCCGUCCAGCGCUGUUUUGCUUGUGCCUGCUUACUUGAUUAAUAAAAUAUUUUGCUAGACCAAGAUAUUUGUAUGGUCUCGCUUAUAACAAAUUUGGUGCCGUGACUCGGAUGAAGGUGGACUGACUGGGAAUCCCUUCCAGGGGAGGCGCCCCGCCGAUUUCGGCGGCCACGGAACGGGAAAUCCCGCUCAAGCCCUUCACCGACGAACCCAAAAUUAGGCACAAGCAAAUAAAGCUGGCAAAACCCCAAGUAAUCUUUGUGCACGAAGACCGAAUGAAGACUCAGGAUUGAGUAAGUAUAGGCCGGUGAUCCAUUCGGUUGGGGUUGGUGAUCCCGGAGCACAACGAACGAGACGUCCAAUCGCGGACGAAGCGAGUGCGGACCCCUCUGUAGUGCGGUUCCCACAUCCCGCGAGGGACUGGGCCACGAAAAGGGGGAGUGUGUGAGUGUGUGUGUGGUGCUUUGGAAGAUGGGGCAGAAGAAAAGUAAGCCUUCUGACUCCAUGGGAGGGGGACGUAGCGGUGCAGCAAUACCCUCUAUUCCCCCCGAUAGUCCGUUAGGUUUAAUGAUUAAGCAUUGGGAUAAAUCCCCUUCUAGGCGGGGAAAGAGUAAAGUUAAAAUGAUUCAUUACUGUAUUGAAGUAUGGGGUAAUAAGCCCAUAAAAGGGGACAGUGUUUUCUGGCCCCCACUUGGUUCCUUUGAGGAUUGGGUAUGUCAGGCUCUUAACACCUAUGUAAAUUCUAAAGAACCUUUUAGUUUGGAGGAAAGCGAGCAUGUGCACCUCUGGAUAAAUUCAGAUAUAAGGAUGCAUUUAUAUCCACUAAAAGAAAAAGGAGGGCGGGAUAAGAAGAAGAGAGACUUAGAAGUCCUAACAUCGCCCCCGCCCUAUGUACCACCGCCCGCGCCAACGGCCCCUGUCCUUAAUGGACUUUCUGAACCAACAAUGUCAGGAGAAUCAGAGUCAGAUAAUGAGGUACAAGGGCCAAUAACUAGAAGUAGGGCAAGAAAUCAAAAAUCUGACCUAGGAGAAGGAUUGUAUCCGUUGCGAGAAAUAGCAAUGGGAGGACCCCAGCCAGGGAUGGGAUAUGUAGCUGUCCCCCUUAAUUCAGGGGAUGUUAAAGAUUUUAAGAAAGAAAUGGGAAACUUGUUGGAAGACCCACUGGGAGUAGCAGAACAGGUAGAUCAAUUCCUGGGUCCAAAUAUAUAUACCUGGGAGGAAUUACAGUCCAUCCUGGGAAUCCUCUUUACAUCAGAAGAAAGAGGAAUGAUUCGGCGCGCUGGUAUGCGAAUUUGGGACCAGCAGCACCAGCAAGGUCCGGCUGCAGAUAUUAAAUGGCCAAUGCAGUCGCCAAAUUGGAAUAAUCAGGAUCCCGUACACCGGGGUCACAUGCAAGAUCUGAGAAUUAUUAUAAUUCAAGGGAUACGGGAAUCAGUCCCCAGAGGACAAAAUAUAAACAAAGCCUUUAACGAACAGCAAAAGAAAGAUAAAACCCCAACGGAAUGGUUAGAGAGGCUAAGGAAAAGUUUGCAACUAUAUAGUGGUUUGGAUCCAGGAACCCCGGUAGGGGAAGCGUUACUUAAAACUCAGUUUGUGGCCAAGUCCUGGACAAAUAUCAGGAAGAAGUUAGAAGAGAUUGAGGAUUGGCAAGACAGAGGCUUGGAUGAGCUUCUGAGAGAGGUACAGAAAGUGUACGUUAGAAGAGAAGAUGAGAAGGAGAAGAAACAGGUGCGAAUGAUGGUAGCUGCAGUACGAGAAGGGAAGAGAGAAAGCGAACUAAAAAGAAGGCCUGAAUCAACACCCGGGAGAUUCAGGAAGGGAGGAAAAGAUAAUGUGGGGCAAAGAGAUGUGACCUGUUUCUACUGCAAUAAGAAGGGUCACAUGAAAAGGGAAUGCAGACAGAGAAAAGAGGAUGAAAGGAUGUUUAAAAGUGAAUAGGGGUGUCAGGGGCUCUACUUGCUGGGGAUCCGGAAAAAGAAUGAGCCCUUGAUAAAGUUGAAAGUGGGUCCCCAGCGCGAGGAGGUAGAAUUCCUCGUAGAUACAGGGGCUGAAAGAUCAACAGUCCAAACUCUACCCACAGGAUGUGAAGCAUCCUCAGAAAAGGUACAAGUAAUAGGAGCAAAAGGGGAGCCCUUUGGGGUUCCUGUCAUAAAAGGAGUUGUGAUUGAAUCGGACUCCAAGCUAGGCAUUGGAUCGUUGCUCCUAGUACCAGAGGCCGAAUAUAACUUACUGGGUAGAGAUUUAAUAAUAGAAUUGGGAAUAGGAUUAGAGGUAGUAGGUAGAAAAUUGGAAAUUAAAUUGUGUCCUCUCCGGAUAGAGGAUGAGGAAAAUAUUAACCCUGAGGUUUGGUACACUCCUGAGAGUGUGGGCAAACUAAAUAUAAAACCCUUUAAGAUAACCAUAAGUAAUCCGGAAGUGCCGGUUAGAAUAAAACAGUAUCCCUUGUCCGAAGAAGACAGAAAAGGAUUAAAACCUGAAGUUCAACGGUUAUUACAACAAGGCUUAUUAGAGCCCUGUAUGUCUCCCUUCAAUACGCCUACCCUACCAGUAAAAAAGAAAGAUGGUAAAUACAGGUUAGUACAUGAUUUAAGGGGAAUUAAUAAGAGAACUGUAACUAGAUUCCCGGUGGUAGCAAAUCCGCAUACUCUGUUGAGCCAAUUACACCCAGACGAUAAGUGGUACAGCAUUAUAGAUUUGAAAGACGCAUUUUGGGCAUGCCCCUUAGACAAAGGAUCUAGGGACUAUUUUGCCUUCGAAUGGGAGGAUCCUGACACCCGAAUAAAACAGCAAUUAAGGUGGACAGUUCUCCCCCAGGGAUUCACAGAAUCUCCCAAUUUGUUUGGGCAAGCUCUUGAGCAAACUUUACAGGGAUACAACAAAAUACCGGGAACUACAAUGAUACAGUAUGUAGAUGAUUUGUUGAUAGCGGGAAAGGACGAGGACACCGUAAGACAAGCUAGUAUAAGUUUAUUAAAUUUUCUGGGGUCACAGGGAUUAAAGGUGUCCAAGUCAAAAUUGCAGUUUGUAGAAGAAGAAGUAAAAUAUUUGGGUCACAUAUUAAAUAAAGGAACAAAAAGGUUAGACCCAGAAAGGGUCAAGGGAAUAUUGGCUUUAAAGGCCCCAACCACCAAGCGGCAAGUAAGGCAGUUAAUAGGGCUAACUGGAUACUGUAGGCAAUGGAUAGAGGACUAUAGCGGGAAAGUUAAAUUCUUAUACAAUAAAUUAAAUAAGGAUGGGUUACUCAAAUGGACAGAAGAAGACGAGGGGCAACUAGAAAAAUUAAAAAAAGAACUUAUGCACCCCCCGGUUUUGAGUCUCCCGGAAUUAAAGAAACCAUUUUUCCUAUUUGAAAAUAGUACAGAAGGAAUCGCUUACGGUGUGCUUGCCCAGGAGUGGGCAGGGAGUAAAAAACUGGUGGCUUAUUUGUCAAAAUUAUUGGACCCCGUUAGCUGGGGUUGGCCUGUUUGUUUACAAGUGGUAGUAGCAGCUGCCCUGUUAGUAGAAGAAGCUCAAAAGGUUACUUUUGGAGGUGAAAUUAAAGUUAUAUCCCCCCACAAUAUACGUGGGGUGUUACAACAAAAAGCUGAAAAAUGGAUUACAGAUGCAAGGUUGCUGAAAUAUGAGGGAAUUUUGAUAUCUUCACCCAGAUUAACACUAGAAACAACCUGAGUGCAGAACCCCGCCCAAUUUCUUUAUGGUGAACCGAGUGAGCAACCCGAACAUGACUGCCUUAGAAAUAUAGAAGAGCAGGUAAAAUUAAGACCUGACCUGGAAGAUGUAGAAUUACCCUUAGGGGAACGGAUAUAUGUAGAUGGAUCCUCAAGGGUAGUUGAAGGGAAAAGAAAAUCAGGAUAUGCAUUGGUUAAUGGAAAAACAUUCGAGGUAAUAGAGUCAGGCCCUCUGAGCCCGAGUUGGUCAGCACAGGCCUGCGAGCUAUAUGCAAUGCUAAGAGCCCUGAAGCUGCUAAGGGAUAAAAGCGGAACAAUAUACAUGGAUUCUAAAUAUGCAUAUGGAAUAAUUCAUACCUUUGGGAAAAUAUGGGAAGAAAGGGGACUAAUUAAUUCUCAAGGGAAAGGACUGGUUCACGAGGAGUUAAUUACCCAAGUCUUACAGGCUGUAUGGGAACCAAAAGACAUUGCUGUGGUACAUGUUAAAGGACAUCAGAAGGGAACAAGCCCUCAAAUUAGGGGAAACAAUUUGGCAGACCAGGAAGCGAAACGGGGAGCACUCAUGUGUGAAUAUGAGGUGACAAAAAGGGCUGAUUGCCCGAACUGUGGAAAGGGGGAGGAUUUAAAGAAAUUUCCGUGCUAUGAUUGCUGGAGUGAAUGGGGAGUUGAUGGGAUUGAAUGCAAUUGUUCUGAGGAAGAGAGCCCGCCUUAUAAAAACUGCUACAAGUGCGGGCCGGCUAACUCCCUGUGGUCAAGUGGACCCAUUCCCCUCCCCCUGCUCUGUUUCACUACCGCAGAAAAGGACAAGAUGAUACAAAUGGGGAUUCGAGAACAUGAUAAAGGAAAGUGGGUACUGCCUGAUGGACGGGAAAUAUUACCAAAAUCAGUAGCUAUGAGGGUGCUACGGAGGUUUCAUGAACAGACGCACUGGGGAACUCAGGCAUUGGUGGAUCAGUUCGCCACAAAUUAUAUGUGUAUAGGAAUUUAUAAUAUAGCAAAAAGGAUUGUAAAUGACUGCAUAACUUGUCGAAGGGUAAAUGCUCAACACAUGAGAAAAAGGGUCCCGGGAGGACGAGAAUUGGCUCAUCGGCCUUUUGCAAAGAUUCAAUUGGACUUUACCGAACUCCCAAAAACAGGACGACAUAAAUACUUAUUGGUCAUUGUAGACCACCUCACAAAUUUUGUUGAAGCAUUCCCUACGGCAAGGGCUACAGCUCAAACCAUAGUAAAGAUAUUACUAGAAAACAUCAUACCCAGAUACAGGGUAAUAGAAACAAUUGAUUCCGAUCGAGGCCCACACUUUGUGUCAAGAGUGUCCCGAGACACUAUGAAGACUCUGGGAAUUAAGUGGGAAUAUCACACUCCCUGGCAUCCUCAAAGCUUGGGGAAAGUAGAACGAAUGAAUGGGGAAAUUAAGAGGCAACUUACUAAGCUUAUGUUAGAAACAAAGACUUCUUGGAUAAAAUGCUUACCACUAGCCUUGCUAAAUAUACGUACUAAACCCAGGACAGAUCUGGGAAUCUCACCCUUUGAAAUGCUAUAUGGCAUGCCUUAUGAUUUAGAGGUACCUCUCGAUCACCCUCGCUUGCAGGAUGAUCAAAUCAAGCCUUACUUAAUACAGCUAAUGAACCGGAGAAGGGAGUUACAGAGGAAGGGCUUAAUUGCGCAGCGCCCUCCGUUAGACAUGGCAAUACAUAACAUACAGCCAGGUGAUAAAGUUUUAGUCAAAACAUGGAAGGAGGCUUCAUUAACACCACAAUGGGAAGGCCCCUAUGUUGUUUUACUCACUACAGAAACGGCAAUACGGACUGCAGAAAAAGGAUGGACACAUGCCAGCCGUGUGAAAGGACCCAUUCGUGAUGAGAAGUGGGAGGUUGCUCCAGGUGCUGGAGAUCUAAAGCUCACUCUACGACGAGCCCGAUAGGUAUUUUUGUGUACUGUGGGUGGAAGCAGAGACCCUAAUAAUAAAAGACCCCUGAAGAACACUACUGCUGCCGAGAAGAACCCAAACCUCGUAGUUGGCUGCAACCCAACUGACGAGCGAGGCAGAGGAGUGAAUAGUGGGGAGAAAAUAGAAGAAAAUGGGUCUCGGCCGUCCCUUACAGUACAUAGGGAUCCUUGUAAUGCUCGCAACUUGUGCGGCAACGCAACAUCACCCGCAUCUGCCCUUCAAAUGGAGCCUGAUACGGUGGGACGAUGCCUCCAUCGUACAAGAAAUCACCACGGCUGGCGCCCCCAGUUUUAAGACUGACCUUUGCAAUAUAACAAAUCUUGGUGCAGCUGGGGGCGCCAUGUGUAAUAAUCAGUCGGAUUUCUAUUUUUGUCCGGCCUCAAAUCCAGGGAGAGGUUACUGUAACUUCCCAGCCCACUAUUAUUGUGCUCAUUGGGGUUGCGAAACUAUUGCAUCGGCUUGGAAUCCGGGGGCGGGUAAAGAUAAAUACCUUACUGUGCAAUUUGGACCCAAGGGUUGUAAGACAUAUAGCAGUUCUGGGCAUACUGUCCAGCUUGGACGUAGAGGUAGUCCGUCCUUCCAUGGAAAUUGCACGUUCCUGUGGAUGAAUGUAACUAAUCCAGAUGAUCCCGGGUGGAUCACGGGAAAAACAUGGGGAGUAAGAUAUUACGAGAGUGGGGCCGACAGGGGAGGACUCAUUUUAAUUAAGAAAGAAAGGCCACCCGAAACACCCCGACUUGUCGGACCCAACACAGGAUUAUCGAAAAAGAAUCUAGAGAUCCAGAGUACACCGGGCCCCGUGCAACUUACCAAAAGUGUGAGCGUAAGAAACACUUUCCUCAACUUUGUUCCCUAGCAUUACUAAAGGUAACAUAGCUGCACCCGUGAGUGGGAUGUGGAAAGUCAUAAAUGCUAGCUUUCAGGUACUGAACCAAACUAAUCCCGAUAUAACUGAAGGAUGCUGGCUGUGUGUAAGUGUUAAGCCUCCAUAUUAUGAAGCUAUAGGAGAUAUGGGAAGGCCUGAAUACUCAAAUGAGACAAAUCCUUCCAAGUGCAACUGGGGUCAGGAGAUUGGAAUAACUUUAACUCAGGUUACAGGAAAAGGCAGAUGUAUAGGCAUAGUUCCAAGAGGGAAAAGUGAUUUAUGCAACACCACUGAGAGCGGGAAUCAAUUACAUAAGUGGUUAAUUCCUGCAAAUAACACCAGAUGGGUGUGUUCAUCUCUGGGGGUCACUCCGUGCCUAUCUUUAAAAUUGUUUAAUACCUCUCAUGAUUUUUGUGUACAGGUGGUCAUUUUACCAAGGAUUUUGUAUCAUACUGAAGAGUACAUGUACACUCAUCACACGGUAGCUGAAUACCAUCUAGUAAGGAGGGAGCCUAUUACGGCUGUCACCUUAGCCACUCUAAUGGUUCUUGGGGCUGCAGGAGCAGGGACUGGAAUUGCCUCCCUGGUAAAACAAAGUCAAGAAUUUACCUCUCUACGCAUUGCCGUGGAUGAGGAUUUGGCCUGUAUUGAACAAUCUAUAUCGGCCUUAGAAAAAUCUGUUAGGUCCCUAUCCGAAGUAGUACUCCAAAACCGUAGGGGAUUGGAUUUAAUUUUCCUACAACAAGGAGGACUGUGUGCAGCCCUACGAGAGGAACGUUGUGUAUAUGCUGACCACACUGGGGUGGUGAGAGUUACAAUGACUAAAUUGCGGGAAAGGUUAGAAACACGCAAGAGGGAAAAUGAGGCUCGUCAGAAUUGGUAUGAAUCCUGGUUUAAUUACUCACCUUGGUUAACUACUUUGUUAUCAACUAUGGCUGGACCGCAGUUGUUACUAAUCAUUGUAUUAACUUUUGGACCAUGUAUAUUUAAUCGAGUGAUCAUGAUUGUAAAAAGUCGUUUAGAAGCUGCUUAUCUCAUGCUUGUUCGUGCAAAAUAUGAAUCUCUAGAACAAGAAGAUGAUAUAGAGACCUUGAUGCUAAGUAAACAAAUGCUCCAAAAAUUCAGUGAACAAAAUAAGUAAGAAAAAGAAAAA